GAGCCAGCAGGUGGCGCUCAUUGUUGCAGUCACGUUACAGGAAAGAAUCUAUAGCAGUUCGGGCUGCAGUAGACACUAUGCUGAGCCGGCUUCCCGGAACAUGCCGCCUGCACGGGAACCGCCUCGUCCUCUGAUCGCUACGGGGGUGCAGCGCAGGAGCCUGACGGGGUGACUGGCCAGCAUGCAGCGGGAAGUUGGUUCCUUUCCCUUGGCGCCUUCUGUAAGAGCCCGGCUGAUCGCUGCCGGCUUCCAUACUGUGCAGGACGUAGUAGACGUGAGAGCCAGUGAUCUCGCCAGAGAAGCUGGAAUCUCUGAAGAGGAUGCUGUGAAAGUUUUGCAGAUUUUGAGGAGAGAAAAACAAAGUAGCACAUCGACGACCAUGAAACACACCGCUUUGGCAUUACUAGAACAGGAACAAGCUGAAGCAUCCAUUGUAACGUUCUGCUCGGCAUUAGAUGACAUUCUUGGUGGUGGUGUGCCGUUGACUAAGGUCACAGAAAUUUGUGGACCUCCUGGUGUGGGAAAAACACAAUUAUGUAUGCAGCUUGCUGUUGAUGUACAAAUCCCAGAGUGCUUUGGAGGUGUUGAUGGUGAAUCUGUGUACAUUGAUACAGAGAACAGCUUUAGAGUGGAAAGACUGGUGGAGAUUGCCAAUGCUUGUGUUUUGCACUGCAAUCUUAUAACACAGGCACAUAAACAAGAUGAUCAGAAAAUAGCCAUGCAGAGGUUUACUCUCAACAACAUACUGUCACACAUGUAUUACUUCAGCUGCCAUAACUAUGCUGAGCUUCUUGCACAGAUUCUUGUCCUUCCGGAUUUUAUGGCCCAGCAUUCAAAGAUCAAACUGGUUAUCAUUGACAGCAUUGCAUUUCCUUUUCGACAUUCCUUUGAUGACCUUUCCUUACGGACACGCCUCUUGAAUAUGUUGGCACAGCAGCUAAUAGACAUUGCUAACCAACACAGACUAGCAGUGGUAUUAACCAAUCAAAUGACCACAAGAAUUGGAUCUAGCGAGUCACUACUUGUACCAGCUUUAGGUGAAAGCUGGGGUCAUGCGGCUACGAAUCGUAUAAUUCUUCAGUGGGAACAUUUGCAAAGAUUUGCUGCAUUGCACAAGUCAUCAAGCCAGAAAGACAUCACUGUGCAAUUUCAAAUAACGUCAAAAGGUUUUCGGGAUGUACAAGCUGUUGAGCCUGAGACAAGUUCACCAAAAUCUGAAAUGAACCCACGCAAGCGCCCAAGGGAAUACGAUAAAGAACACCAGCCUUAAAUUCGGAUUUCAUAGACUAUAAAAAGUGCCUGGAUUUCAUAAGACAUUUUUUUUAUCUACUCUGAAAAAUUAUUCAUAUUUUGUCUGUGCACAAAAGAAUAAAUGUACCAAAAUGUUUUAUUUAUAUCAUCGCCAGUUACACUAUUGAACAAUGCACUAAGAUCUUUUUUUUUUAAAGAAAUUAAGGUAUAAAUGUUAACUUUUUAACAAUUUGAACCUUCAAAAUAACAAAUAUUAGUAUGUUCUAAUAUUGUCCUCAAAGGUUUUUUUGUAUUUGAUUAAAGAUAUAUUACUCAGUUUUUUAUACUGAUUUCCAUGUGUUGAUAUGAUGGUAGAAAUGUUCUUCGACCUACAGAUUUUAAAAGUAAUAAUCUGAAGAACAUUUUUGCAAGGUAAAUGUAAGCAUUGAUAAACACUUGUUAUUUCACAAGGCCAUGGAUAGGCAUUUUACAAACAACAUGAAGGAAGUAAAGCUAAGUUUCCAGGUUUUUUUUCAGGCAGUUUUUGGAUAUCUGCCACUGCAGUUUUUGAGCCAAAGUCAGAAGUGGAUCCAUAAGGGAGGGGAAGUAUAAGUCAUUCCUUUAUA